AUGAGUCAAGAAGAUACUCAAUCAUGUAUUCAUCAUUUGAUUUGGCUAGAUCAUAAUAUUGAAAAUAAUUCUAAUCGUCGAAAUUUGAAACAAUUACAUGAACUCGAUGAUCAGAUCAAAUCUUUCACGGAUAAAGAACAAUGUAUCGAUUAUAUAACCAGACAAAAUACUAGCAAAACAAAACCUUAUAUUAUAUUAAUUAUAUCUGGUAGACUUAGUGAAGAAGUUAUACCAUAUAUACAUGAUUGUAUAUGUCUUUUUGACAUAUUUAUCUUUUGUGCUGAUGCAGAACGUUUAAAACAUUUAAGAUUUGCAAAACUCCGUGCAAUUUGUACAGAUUUUUAUGAAUUAUUUGAUAGAAUUCAAAACUGUAUGGAUAGAAAUAAAUUUACAAUUGAUUUUAGUUUAUUUAAUAACACUGAAAAUAAUACAACUUCAGAAAACAAAUUAGUUGAAGAAAAAUCCGAAGAACAAUAUCCCAUUCGGAAUUUAAAAGAAGAUCAAGCACGUUUUCUUUGGUUUUAUAAAUGUCAUAAUUUUAUGAUGGAACUUGAAGAUGAUAAUGAACAAGCUAAACAAGAAAUGAUAUCAUCUUGUCGAAAAAAAUAUAAAGAUGAUGAACGAGCAUUAACAACAAUCGAUGAAUUUGAAAAUCAAUCAUUAGAUGAUAAUGCAAAAAAUGCUAUUUCAUGGUAUACAAAGAAUUCUAUUAUAUUUCGAUGUAUUAAUGAAGUACUAGUUUCAGGAAAUAUUUCAAAAAUAUAUUCGUAUCGUUAUAUUAUCAAAUUACUUUGUCGACAAUUAAAAGAUUUACAUGAGACAUAUAAAAAAAUAAAUUCAGAAAAUAUCCUUCGUCUUUACCGUGGUCAACGAUUAAAAUUAUCCCAAAUUCUUUUGAUUUCAAAACAUAAAAAUGAUCUUAUUUCAUUGAAUGGUUUUAUAUCGACAUCGUUAGAAGAAGAUAUUGCAAAAAGAUUUUGUUUCGGUCGUUCAAUAAAAGAUCAUGAGCCUGUUAUAUUUAUUAUUGAUAUUGAUAUGACUAAUGAACAAAGUACGGCAUUUGCUGAUAUUAGUAAUCUUAGUCGAUAUCCCGAUGAAGAAGAAAUACUUUUAUCAAUAGGAUCUAUAUUUUGUAUUGAAUCUGUUCAUCUUGAUGAUACUAAACAAUUAUAUCGUAUUCAUCUUUCAUUAAGUCAACAUAAUAAAUUAACUGUUAAUAAAUAUAUUGAACAAACAUUUGCAAAAGAAAUUGAUUCUAUAAAUCAAUCAGUUGUUUUUGGAAAACUUCUUUUUGAUAUGGGAGAAUAUCAAUUUGCAAUUGAAUAUUUAAAAAAUCGAAUUAAUUAUCUAUCGGAUAAUGAUAAUCAUUAUCGAGCUACUUAUUUUAAUAAUAUUGGUGUAUGUUAUAAUGAAAUUGGAAAGAAAGACGAAGCGUUAAAAUAUUAUAAAGCUGCAAAUCAAAUUUAUCAACAAGCAAAUAAUCAUCGUGGAAUAGGCGCAUGUUGUCAUAAUAUAGCAAGUUAUUAUUAUAAUCAAGGAGAUAAUGAAACUGCUCUUGGUUGGGCAUUAGAUGCUUUAGAAAAACGACAAAAAUAUCAAUUAGAAAAAGCGUCAACUCUUGAUCUUCUUGGUUGUAUUCAAUUAGCAAAAUAUGAUGUAGAAGCUGCAAGUAAUAAUCUUCAAGAAGCAUUAAGAAUACGUAUAAAAUAUCUCGGACAAAUUAAUCCAAAUCAUCCAGAUAUUGGACUUAGUUAUCGAAAUCUUGGUAAACUUGAUACAAAAUUAUCAUCAUUUAUUGAUGCUCAACAUAAUUAUUUACGAGCCGAAGAAAUCUUUCGGCAUAAUUAUCCAAAAUCACAUCCAUUAGUUAUAGAAAUUGAACUAUACCUACAGGGAAUUAAACAAUAUUUUUCACAUUAA